UUUACCCAUAAACCCACAUGCUUAUAUUCAAUAAGCUGGCUUAUCUCGAGGAAUAUAACAAAAAAAACAAUGAGUUAGGCCAAACACCCCAAAUUCAAAGUAACUGAGACCACAAAUUUAAAAAUAAGUGACCAAAAAUCUGUUAGUUAUGACAACCGACACUAACCGCCGGAGCUGGUGGCGGCGGAGAUCGGAGAUAUGGACGGUGGUUUCCGUACUGCUGCUUGGACAGUUCGUUUCAUUUAUAUUAGCACUUCUUAACUUCACUUCAUCCUUAUCGGCCAAUCAAGGUGCCAAUUCACCUGUUACGCUAGGACUAUUCGGUUAUCUGGCUUUAACCUUGGUUAACGGAAGCAUCUUGUUGUACCAGCGCCAUGAACUUCUUGUAAUUCCUUGGUACUGGUAUGCUCUGUUAGCAUUUUUUGAUGUCCAGGGCAAUUAUCUUUUCAAUUCAGCAUAUUACUUCACAUCAAUUACUAGUGUAGCAUUAUUAGAUUGUUGGACGGUUGCUUGGGUCAUACUUCUUACUUGGAUUUUUCUGGGCACAAGAUACUCUCUAUGGCAGUUCCUUGGUGCAGCAAUAUGUUGCGUAGGCCUUGCUUUAGUGUUUUUGUCUGAUGCUGGGGUUGGCGGUGGAGGUGGUUCAAAUCCACUUUUGGGUGAUACACUUGUCAUUGGAGCGACGAUUUUUUAUGCACUGAGCAAUGUUGGUCAGGAAUAUUGUAUCAAGAAGAAUUCUCUUACUGAAUUAUUAUCAAUGCUUGGUCUGUUUGGAAUUCUCUUUAGUGCAAUUGAGAUUGCCGCAUUUGAGAGGAAGAAUCUGGAAGAAGUUACAUGGUCUGCUGAACUUAUACUAACAUUUGUUGGUUACACAGUCAGUUUCUUGAUGUUUUACUCUUUGACACCCAUUAUACUACAGACAAGUGGGGCUACAUUGUUCAACCUGUCACUUCUCACGGCUGAUAUGUGGGCGGUUAUCAUCCGCAUUUUUGUCUACCACCAAAAGGUAGACUGGUUAUACUAUGUAUCGUUUUCAGUUGUCGGUGUUGGUCUUUGCAUAUAUUCCAAGACCGAGAAGGAUCGAAAUUUGUCACCAAAACCUGAAAAUAGGAUCCCGAGCACACAGUACCAACUGGUUCACGAAGAAGGUGUCGAGAACCCAGAUGCCACUCCUUGACCUUAUUUAAAUACACCACUAAAUGUUCUACGCUAUUGUUUUUUUUAACAAAGACAAGAUUCAUACACUAUCAUCACAUAUAGGAACUCAUCUUUAUUACGAUAGAUGUAUACUAUUCUCUGAUUCAAAGUUUAAUUUAAUGGCCCCAAAUUAGCUGA